UUUAUACAUGUAGCGCGUUAUCUUAAAGUUUGCUUAUUUUAUAUACUACGUUAUUAAGAGAUAAAACUGUACCAAAUAUAUCGUUAACCUGGGAAUCAAGUAUAACCUCCACGAUGGUGAAAGAACAGUUUAGAGAAACCGACGUAGCACGUAAAAUUUCCCAUGUAUCGUUCGGGGUAGACAGUCGACAUAACAUGGAACGGCAGGCCCAUAUGCAUGUUGUUGCCAAAAACUUGUAUAAUCAGGAUGUCGAACAUACUCCGGUUCCCUAUGGAGUACUCGACAGAAGAAUGGGAACAUGUAACAACACAACAAAUUGUGUAUCAUGCGGCAAAUCUUUGAAUGAAUGUAUAGGACACUUUGGUUACAUCGAUUUGGAACUACCAGUUUUUCAUGUCGGUUAUUUCAGAGCCAUUAUUGGUAUUCUUCAGUCCAUUUGUAAAAGUUGUUCUCAUGUCAUGCUAUCCGAAGUUGACAAGAAACGUUACUUAGCCAGAGCGUUAAAUCCAAACCUGGGAUAUUUAUCACGUAAAGCUUUACGAAAACAAAUUUUAGAUAAAACUAAGAAGACAACGGUUUGUCCAAAUUGCAAAGAUCUUAAUGGAACAGUUAAGAAGGCUGGUUUGCUUAAAAUAGUUCAUGAAAAGUAUAAGGCAAAGAAGAAAACAGAUACUACUGUUCAAGAGAAGCUAGCGGAAUAUAAUAAUGUACUCGAAGAUAACAAGGCAUUGGAAGGAGUACUUCAAAGUGGAUUAAUUAACGUAUUGAAUCCAUUAGAGGUACAAAGCAUUUUAGAAAAGAUACCAGAAAACGACAUUCCGCUACUAAUGAUGAAUCCAGAAUGUGCGUUACCAAAGGAUUUAGUGCUAACAAGAAUCCCAGUGCCCCCGAUUUGUAUCAGGCCUAGCGUUGUAUCAGAUAUGAAAGCAGGUACAACCGAAGACCACUUAACCAUGAAAUUAUCAGAAAUAGUUUUUAUCAACGAUGUUAUCCAAAAGCAUAGACAAAGCGGAGCGAAAGUACAAAUGUAUAGCGAAGAUUGGGAGUUUUUACAAUUACAUUGUGCUCUUUACAUUAACAGCGAAAUGUCUGGAAUACCUCUUAAUAUGCAACCAAAAAAAUCUGGCAGGGGUUUGGUACAAAGAUUAAAAGGAAAGCAAGGUCGCUUUCGUGGUAACUUAUCUGGUAAACGUGUGGAUUUCUCUAGUCGUACUGUCAUUUCGCCAGAUCCUAACCUUAGAAUCGAACAGGUUGGUGUGCCCAUCUACGUUGCAAAAAUUUUAACGUACCCUGAGAAGGUUAACCCGUCAAAUAUAGAAUUGAUGCGAAAGCUAGUAAGGAAUGGGCCAGAUAUACAUCCAGGUGCAAAUUUUAUACAGCAAGGAAAGACUCAAUUCAAGAAAUAUUUAAGAUACGGUAAUCGACACAAGAUUGCCCAAGAUUUACAAUACGGUGAUAUCGUCGAAAGGCAUCUUAGAGAUGACGAUGUAGUAUUAUUUAAUCGGCAACCAUCGCUACAUAAACUAAGUAUCAUGGCACAUAAAGCAAAAGUAUUACAACACCGAACAUUUAGGUUCAACGAAUGUGUUUGUACUCCUUACAAUGCUGACUUUGAUGGAGAUGAAAUGAAUCUGCAUUUGCCACAAACAGAGGAAGCUAGAGCGGAAGCUUUAGUUUUAAUGGGGAAUAAAUCAAAUUUAGUCACACCUCGCAAUGGUGAAUUAUUAAUAGCAGCGACACAGGAUUUCAUCACCGGUGGAUAUCUUUUAACUCAAAAGGAUAUGUUUUUGAACAAAGCUCAAGCAAAUCAAUUAGCAGGUUGUCUUCUGGCAGGAUCUGACAUUGCAAUGUCUGUAAAUCUUCCUAAACCUGCUAUUUUAAAACCAAUCAUGUUAUGGACAGGAAAACAAAUCUUUAGUUUAAUUUUAAAGCCCAAUCAUGCAUCUAAAGUUAAAGCUAAUUUGAAGACCAAAGGAAGAGCUUACACUAGCAACGAGGAACUGUGUAUUAAUGAUUCUUAUGUUAUUAUCAGAAAUUCAGAGCUAAUAGCAGGAUCCAUGGAUAAGUCUACAUUGGGUUCAGGUUCGAAGCAGAAUAUAUUUUAUAUUUUACUGCGGGACUGGGGUGAAGACAUAGCAACGACAGCUAUGUGGCGAUUAGCAAGAAUGGCGAGUUAUUUCCUCAUGAACAGAGGCUUUUCUAUCGGUAUUGGUGAUGUUACACCUGGACAAGGUCUUCUUAAAGCUAAGCAUGAUCUGCUGAACGCUGGGUAUUCUAAAUGUACCGAAUAUAUUCGACAAAUGGAAGAAGGUCGUCUCAUAUGCCAGCCUGGAUGCACAGAAGAAGAGACGUUAGAGGCAAUGAUACUAAAGGAGCUUUCAGUAAUUCGUGAUCAUGCUGGUAAAGCAUGUUUGAAAGAACUCCAUCCGAGCAACAGUCCAUUAGUUAUGGCUCUCUCUGGCAGCAAAGGCAGUUUUAUUAACAUUUCACAAAUGAUUGCGUGUGUGGGACAACAAGCUAUCAGCGGUCACAGAGUCCCAAAUGGAUUUGAAGAUAGAGCUCUACCGCACUUUGAAAGACAUUCAAAAAUCCCUGCGGCUAAGGGUUUUGUUGAAAACUCAUUCUAUUCUGGUCUAACGCCAACAGAGUUCUUCUUUCAUACGAUGGGAGGAAGAGAAGGUCUUGUAGACACAGCAGUUAAAACUGCAGAGACAGGAUACAUGCAACGGAGGUUAGUGAAAAGCUUGGAAGACUUGUGCCUUCAUUACGAUAUGACAGUUCGCAAUUCAGUGGGAGACAUUGUACAAGUACUGUAUGGUGGAGACGCUUUGGAUCCUACGUACAUGGAAGGAAAAGAUUGCCCGGUGGAUUGUAAGAGAAUAUUAGAUCACGUAAGAGCUAAGUCACCAUGCAAAGAUGAGAAGCCAUUAGAUGCUCCUAGUGUGAUUAAAGCUACAAACGAAUUGUUGACUUCUGAGGAUUAUGAGUGUCUCAGCGAAGAAUUUAAGCAAGAGUUGUCGACAUUCCUCACAAGUGUGGCUCGUAGAAUAGCACGGUUUAGAAAUAAUGCUCCUUCGAAUGUACCUGUAAUUUUGCAACUCGAGAGACUUACAGUUUCUCAAUUAGUGGAAUUUAUUCAUACGUGUAAAGAAAAAUACAUGCGUGCUAAAAUAGAACCAGGCACUGCUGUAGGAGCACUCGCUGCACAAAGCAUUGGAGAACCGGGUACACAAAUGACUUUAAAAACUUUCCAUUUUGCUGGUGUUGCGUCUAUGAAUAUUACUCAAGGUGUGCCUCGUAUUAAAGAAAUUAUCAACGCGAAUCCCAGGAUCAGCACACCUAUUAUUACAGCAGCCCUUGAAAACGAUACAGAUGCAGAAUAUGCCAGAAGAGUAAAAGGUAGAAUCGAAAAGACAACAUUGGGAGAAGUGACAGAAUACGUUGAAGAAGUGUAUCUACCGGACAGUUGUUUCCUGUUAAUAAAGUUAGAUGUCGAUAGAAUAAAAUUGUUAAAGUUGGAAGUAGACGUUGAAUCUAUACGAUAUUCAAUUUGUACAUCAAAGUUAAGACUCAACCCAAAAUUAGUAAAUGUUAGAGGUGAUUCUAUCAUUACUGUGAGUCCCAGUAAAAGUAAAUACAGUUUGAAUUACGCACUCACACAAUUGAAGGAAACUGUCCCAAAUAUUGUCGUAAAGGGUUUACAAUCAGUUUCUAGAGCAGUCAUUCAUAAUGACGAUUCAAAUGGUAAAACGAAGUACAAAUUAUUCGUAGAAGGAGACAAUAUGCGUGAAGUUAUGGCAACUCAUGGGGUCCUGGGUCGCAAAACAACUUCAAACAACACGAUAGAGGUGUACAAAACUUUGGGAAUCGAGGCUGCAAGAGCAACUAUAAUGACAGAAAUUAAAUUGGUAAUGGAAAAUCAUGGAAUGAGCAUCGAUAGAAGACAUCCGAUGCUAGUAGCUGAUUUAAUGACAAGCAGAGGAGAAGUAUUAGGUAUCACGAGACAAGGUUUGGCGAAGAUGAAGGAAUCUGUUUUGAAUUUAGCUUCGUUCGAGAAAACAGCUGACCAUCUAUUUGACGCAGCUUAUUAUGGUCAAAAAGAUGUUAUCUGCGGUGUAUCUGAAUCGAUUAUUAUGGGUAUUCCAGUCCCAGUAGGAACAGGGAUCUUCAAGCUACUUCACAAAGCUGACAAGGAUGAGCCACAAAAAAGGAAUUUGAUAUUCGAUGACCCACAAUUUCAUAAGAAGAUCACAAAAAUCGCAGCAUAAAUGUAAAUUAAGUGUUAAUUACUUUGUAAUAAAAUAUUGAAUGUACAUAAAAGAAAAAAAGAUGUAAUUUAAUGAAAUUAAGAAUUUUUAUACUUCAUAGUUUUUGUUCUUGAAAAAUAUUUAUCUUUUUGAAUCAAAAAUGUAAAAGUAUAAAGUG